AUGCGCGACGUCUUGGGUAUUCCUGAUGCGGUGUUGUCACAAUUGACAACAAGCAUGACACAUGGAGCUCUCCCGGAGCUUGUCAGCCUUGUCGUCGUCUGUCUUACAGAGUCUACGUACCAAGACAAGCUGCGUGUCUUGGAAACGACCAACGUACAAGAAUUGUUGGAACUAGGGAUCCGGGCGGUCAGUUGCCAUUUGCAGCAAAGCGUUGAGCAGACAUUGGACCGUCAUCGUCGUGAGUUUUAUUUGCGACAUCAGAACAGCAGCACGACGCAAGCACUCAGGAGUAAUAAUAGCAAUAACACAACAUCCAUGAUCACACCCUCCAAUGAAGACGACGAGGAGCUUGCCGAUCUUAUUCAUCAUCUCAACAAGGCAAACCUACCAACCUAUGCACAAUCGGUCGUAUACAGGGAUGUCAAACGUCUGCGGAAACUCAUGCCAUCCACCCCUGAAUCUGGCAUUUUACGUACUUAUUUAGAACUGGUGGCUGCUUUACCUUGGCAGCAACAAGGAGCAACAGCAGACGUUAGUAUUUCGGUUGCAAAAAAGCAUUUGGAUGCAGAUCAUUAUGGUUUGGCACCCGUGAAACGGCGUAUACUGGAAUAUCUGUCAGUGAUUAAAGUCAAAAAGGAUCUGAGCCCUCCUAUUUUAUGUUUGGUUGGACCACCUGGUGUCGGAAAAACAACGCUUGCUCGAUCUAUCGCCACUGCAUUAAAUCGCAAGUUUUACAGAAUGUCACUGGGUAGUAUACGUGAUGAAGCUGAUAUUCGAGGUCAUCGACGCACGUAUGUGGCAGCCAUGCCUGGUUUAUUGAUCAACGGGAUGCGGAAAUGUGGGGUCAAAAACCCUGUUAUCCUUCUUGAUGAGAUUGACAAGGUAGUGCAAAAUUCAAGUCAGGGAGAUCCAGCUGCGGCCAUGUUGGAAGUAUUAGAUCCAAGUCAAAACACAUCAUUCGUGGACCACUUUUUAAACAUUCCAUUCGACCUAUCCCAAGUCUUAUUUAUUGCUACAGCCAACUCGAUGGAGACGAUAUCUGGACCUCUGUUGGACCGUAUGGAAGUCGUCCAUUUGAGCGGCUACACGGCGGACGAGAAAAUGCAUAUUGCACGUUCCUAUUUAUGGCCAAAGCAAUUGGAAGCACAUGGAUUAGACAAAUUGAACGUCACGUUGACCGACAAGGCCUUGCUCUAUGUGAUUGAGCAUUAUACCCAAGAAAGCGGCGUGCGUCAUUUGGAUCGAAGUAUCGCUGGUUUGUGUCGAUACAAGUGUAAGGAGUAUGCGGAUCUCGUAGAAGCUACUAGUACCAGACGCCGCAAAAAGUCACGUUCGUCGUCAUCGUUACAAUUCAAAACUACUAUCGACGUUGAGGAUGUGCAUACUAUUCUAGGUGCACCCGUGUAUGCAUUUGAUGUGGUGGAUGGUGAAGAAGCUGUGCCAGGCGUUGUGUCUGGAUUGGCUUAUUCACAAGGUGGUAUGGGUGGCAUUCUUGCAAUUGAAGUGAACCAGAUGCCAGGCCGGGGCAAAUUGAUUUUGACAGGCUCGUUGGGAGACGUAUUAAAAGAAUCAGCUUAUAUUGCCAUUUCCUGGAUAAAAGCAAAUGCUUAUGCUUUGGGAUUGACGACGUCUCGAAAAGAAGAACUCUUGGCGGACGUGGAUUUACAUAUCCAUGUGCCAGAUGGAGCGGUUCGAAAAGACGGACCUUCUGCAGGUAUUACCAUGGUAAUGUCCAUCAUUUCUUUGUUGUCAGGGAAACCUGUAGCCAAGACAACAGCCAUGACGGGUGAGAUCACUUUGCGCGGACAAAUACGAGCGAUUGGUGGAGUCAAAGAAAAAGUGGUUUCGGCACAUCGGGCUGGCAUUGAACGCAUCCUCUUGCCUGCAACCAAUCAACGUGAUGUACUCCAGGACGUCCCUGAACACAUUCGUCAAGCCAUCAAGUUUGUUUAUUGUAAAUCAUUGUGGGAUGGUGUGGAAGCCGUCUUUGACAUGGAUGGCGCUACUACUUCCACGAAAUGCUCUGCUAGAUAUGCUAGUCAUUUGUAA